AUGGCCGACAUGCAGUACGGACGCGAUCAGCACCAGCAGCAGCCGCCGUCGCACGCGGCGGUGAAGGCUGUGGCGGCGGCCACGGCGGGCGGCUCAAUGCUGGUGCUGUCGGGGCUGACGCUGGCGGCUACAGUGAUCGGGCUGGCGGUGGCCACGCCGCUGCUGGUCAUCUUCAGUCCGGUGCUGGUGCCGGCGGCUAUCGCGGCGGCGCUGGUGGCGGCCGGGUUCCUGACCUCCGGCGGGCUCGGGAUGGCGGCGCUUUCGGUGCUGUCGUGGAUGUACAAGUAUCUGACCGGGAAGCAGCCGCCGGGGGCGGACCAGCUGGAGGAGGCGCGUCGGCGGGUCACGGGCAGGGUGAGGGAGUUCAAGGACCAAACCACCGGCCACUAGUGAUUCAUUUGGACAAAAAAAUUAAAAAAAAAUAAAUUAGCAAAAUAAUAAUAAAGUAAAAUAAAUGGAUAAAAUGGCUUUUCUAGGAGGUCUGUGUAGGUCUAUGGUCGAUCGAUAUAUAAUGUGUCCAUGUAAUGUAAUGUAGUUCUUAACUAUAUAUAUAUAAGAUAUGUGCGUGUGUUAAUCUUA